AUGAAGGAAGAAAACGACCAGAGCUCUUGUUACCAAAACCUCUCACCAACGUCAAUAGUAAAGCUAGAUUCUGACUUAAAUUUCAUGAUAAAUUCUUCGUAUUACAAAAACUCAAGCCCAAAGGGUGCAAUAUAAAGCAUCAUGAUAUGCACCACUGAGAAAGCUGGAACACAGACAGUUUUCAUCAUAUUUCUAAGAAUUCAAGGAACGUUCCCUUAGGAGAACAAGGAAAUCAUAAUACUCCAGGGACUAUGAAGAAUCCUAAUUUAAACGCUGAUAUUAAUCCUUCAGUUAAUAUUAUGACCAGGAUAAAGAACUCGAAUAAAGUUUUCUCUAGAGGAACUUCCACUGGUUCUUCAGAAAAUUCAGUGGAAUCUGUUAGCUCAGUGAAGCCCCUUAAUAUUAAGAGAGAGGCAAGGAGGUUUGUAAAAGGGGCUUGCUCUUUUCUAGAUUUUCUCCUCAAUCUUUCGACAGGCUCUUAUACUAUCAAAGCAAGGCUGGCAAGGCCAGCAAGUGCAAUUUCCAAGCAAAGAGAUUAAAAAAAUUCCAUAAAAAUAUCAAGUUACUUGCAGAUAAGAGUAAAUAAAAGCUUUAUCGGACGCAGAAAUAACAGAAGGGCAUUAUCCCCAAAUCUCUUCAACUC